AAUCAGGUGUUAGCAUGGCCUUGUAUUCUCAAGGAACAUCACAAGACUCCCUGUUGAAGUCUGGGCUGAUAGUGCUUCACUAUUUGUGAUUAUUUAUGUGAUAAAGAGCACCAACCAGAUCACACUAACAGAAUCAACUGGAUUUCUUGGAGCUGCCAUUUAAAAUGUUUUAAAAUUGACUGUAUUCCAUAUUUCAUGUCUAAUUACUGGGUCUGGGAAAAAUAUUUUCAGUUCCUUGAAAAUAUCAUCACUGCUGUAAUGCAGAAGCAUUUAAUUUUUGUGUGCCGCUCUGCUUAGAACUGAAAAUUGUUUAAGAGUCCUACUAGACAUUGCUGUCAACUUUUUAAGUACCCACGUGACCAUUUCAGGUCCUGGGAUUUUUCCAGCCCUGCAUACCAACCACCAAUGUUUUCUUUUGAUCCCCUUGCGGAAAGACCUGAAUUUUCUCUUGGAUUGUGUUCUCAGUUCUUAACUUCAGUUCCUGGUAUCCAUUGGAUUCUCUCAGCAAGCAGGCCUCAGUUGGGAGGCAGAGUCCAAGGGUAGUGUCAUACCCUGCACGUAAUUUAUGCCCUGGGAGACCCAGCCUUCAUACCACUGCAGUGGUGUCCAUGGGCUCAGCUGACCACCGGUUCAACCUGGCUGAGAUCCUAUCCCAGAACUACGGAGUGCGGGAAGAGAGAGAAGAGGAAGAGCACACGAACGGGAAAGGAAAGCCAUUAGAAGAGCUAGAGAAGAACUUCAAUGCCUCACAGAACAGUGACAUGCCAUUUGAGGAACUGCUUGCCCUCUAUGGCUAUGAGGCCCCCGACCCGAUCUCAGAGCAGGACAGCGAGAGCAACGAUGUCACACCCAACCUUCCAGACAUGACCUUGGAUAAGGAGCAAAUAGCAAAGGAUUUGCUUUCGGGGGAAGAGGAAGAGGAGACACAGUCUUCGGCAGAUGAUCUGACUCCUUCAGUCACAUCCCAUGAUGCGUCGGAUCUUUUCCCCAACCAGCCUGGUUCGAACUUCUUGGCUGAUGAGGACAAGGGGCCCAGCUCCUCCCCCUGUGCUUCCUUCUCAGCGGAAGACUCUGAAGAGGACUCCAUCCCCCCCAACGACUGUAAGAAGGAGAUUAUGGUUGGGCCACAGUACCAAGCGGCUGUCCCACUCCUCCACUUGAACAGGCACAGCGAAAAAGUCUAUGAAAAUGAUGACCAGUUGCUUUGGGACCCAAACAUCCUCCCUGAGAAAGAGGUAGAAGACUUCCUUUACCGUGCCAUCAAGAGGCGGUGGGAUGAGGUCCCCAACCCCAGCCUUCCAGAGGGAGAGGCGGUGAAGGAUAAUGAACAAGCCCUGUAUGAAUUGGUGAAGUGCAACUUCAAUGCCGAGGAGGCGCUGCGGCGACUCCGGUUCAACGUGAAGGUCAUUCGAGAUGAACUCUGUGCCUGGAGUGAGGAAGAAUGCAGAAACUUUGAACAUGGCUUUCGAGUCCAUGGGAAGAACUUCCAUCUUAUUCAAGCCAAUAAGGUUCGCACCCGGUCAGUGGGCGAGUGUGUGGAGUACUAUUACAUGUGGAAGAAGUCAGAACGCUAUGAUUAUUUCACCCAGCAGACGCGGUUUGGAAGGAAGAAGUACGUCCUCCACCCUGGAGCCACAGAUUAUGUGGAUAAUUUUUUAGAUGGCGCUGAAGUAGAAAGUGCCAGCCGCUCCCGUGGCUCCCCGCCCCUCCCGUCAGCCACAGGGUGCCUGGAUUCUCGCUUCAACCCAGAUCACUUGGCAAUGGAGAGUACAGAGCCCCUGAGCAUCGAGAGUGCCGCUUGCAGCUUGGGCAGCACAAGUGAAUCGGGCCACGGCUAUGAGUGUAGCACCCCUUCGGAAACAAACUGUUCAUUCGACCCCGCGGAAGAGAUGCCCGUGGGCAGCGGCACUCCGGCGUUCCUGCAGCAUCCGCCCAACUCCUCAGAAACUGGGUUCUACCAGUUGGCAGCUGCAGCCAAACAUGAGCCCUUGCGAUGCACCGGGGAAGCAAUCACUGUGGACUUCGCCCUUCCAGGGAACGUUUCAGAGGGGCUGCCUUUAAUUUCGGGCCAUGUAGGACUGGACAGGGAUCCAGAGGCGUUGGCAGCUCCCUCUCAAGUGUCCUUAUCGGUCCCUGAUUUCAGCAUCCUUGGCAUUGGAGAUGUAAAUAGCUUCCUGGCCACUCAACAGGCCUGCCCAGCACCAAUGAGCCACUCAGAAUCCUUGUCGCAGUGAUGGUGCCUGGUUAGAGUCCAUCGUGGACCAAACGUCAGUUCGGGCAAGACUGGAUUGAAAUCCCUUGAGAGCAUGGAGGCAGGUUGGAGCAGAGGGUCAGACAUCACUUUUCCCUGGGCCGCUAGGACAAGCCAGAGUUGUCUGUUGGACCUCACUUUCCUGAGCUGCGGAUGAGUUGACUGCUCCUCCGGCCCCUCCUCGACGUCUUGAUUGCCCUCCAGUGCAACCAAACACCUCCAUUACACUCUUCCGCAGCGUUACCGAGCUGAUAGAAGGGAGCCUUCGACCCCCAUGGGGUUACUGUAGAAGGGGGGAAGGGGAGGCCAAAGCCAUGCGUGCGGUGGAUGAGUGGGUGGAUUCUCCUCCAAGCUAAGCAUCCAGUGCCCCCAGCCGAAGAUGCUGUGGCACAAAGAGGGAUGCCCCAGUGAGAGAGAGCGAGGAAGCGGAAGGGUUCCCUUGAGCACUUUUGGGAGGGGGUAGACUGGAUUUUGGGGUGAGGUGGAGAGUCUUCAGGCACUUAGGAAACGGACAGGAAAUGCUGUUGGCCAUAGAGGUAAGAAUCAGAAGCUGAGGUUUUCAGUUGCAGCAACAGAAAUUGGUACCUCCUCUUUAUUCUCUUUUCUUGUGUUUUUCUGUCUAAUUUGUGGGAUCGGGGAAAGGAGGACUUCUUGCCAAAUGUUAUGGUUGCAUCCUGUGCUGCUGGGCUGGGUGACCCCACCUUUGGCUCCAUUUCUCCACCCUAGAGCCUUGUCUGCCCUCUCAUUUCCAAACAGAAAACAGAGCAGCACUUCCCAGAUUGGAAGAGACUCAAACUUCUGCCACCAUCUUUGCAAGGACAUUUGCCUGCCGUACAGCCUUCCAAGGCCCAGUGGAGCUGCCGACAGUCCCACACACAUGGAGGGUGGUUGAAAAGGAAGUCAGGGUUGGUGGCCGAGGAGGAUGACGAUGAAGGCUCUGUUGUAGGCCUUUUGCCAAAGCUCUUUUGCUCACGGUCUGGCAGGGGGGCGUUCCAGAACUUGGUGUCCAGUGAGUGCAAUCAAACAUUUCCGCCGGUGUCAUGGUUCAGCCCCUGGUAUUCAACAAGGCCAAGGCAUACAUUCCAUACCAAAUGGCAGAGGGGAGGAUCAGUCAGUGAAAGAAUGUGUUUACUUUUUCCAGAGCUUGAAGAUAUGUUCUGACAGUAGCAGGGAGACACAGGGCUGCCGUUGCUGCUUCAGAGUGCCAAACUGUAAUUGUGUGUGUGUGUGUUAGCAUGAAGAAGUGCACACACACACACACACCCACACACACACACAGAUCUUGGGCUGGAGGAGUGAUGCUGAUGUAGCAUUCAUACCCUCAGCCCCAUGCCCCUUGAUAAAGAUCCUUUACCCCGGCUUCUGCCAGGCUUCACCUGGCUCCUGCAUUCAUUGCACACGCAACCUAUGCAUCUGCUGCUUAUCCCCCCCCCUUCCCACAACUGUUGCAGGCAAAUGGGCAGAAGAAAGGGGGAGAACUUGCUUCUCUAUUCUCUUGGCUUCAUCCCUGCAUGGGUUUUCCCCACACCUUCCCCCAAAGGCAGCAUCCAGCUAGCGGUGCAAUGGAACCUGUAAGAGGUUAAAAGUGUAGCUGUUGUCUUGAGUCCGGUGGACUGUGUAAAGGCUUGGGAGAGACUGGUGGGGACCCAUCUGUAGCUGGAAAUGGGAUAAGGAAGCCAAGACCGUGGCAGUGGCUGCCGAAGGGCUUCUGGGCAUUUCGCCUGGUGCCACGUCACACAUCAUUGUAGCUGGGGCUUGUUGGCAAGAGUAAGCUAAUGGCGGGAGCGGUGCUGGCGUUGUGUGGCACAAAGGGAGGAAGAUGUCCAGCAGGCCUGGUUGCAGGUUUCGCUGAGCCGUGCUUCAGUGCCCGUGCCUGCCUGAGAGCUUGCAUAGCUUGGUGUGCAUUUUUGCCUGAGAGUGCCAAGUAGCAUUCUACAAUUUUUUCCCCCACUCAAGGUGGUAGGUUCUUGGUUGCUGUUCAGUCGGCUGCCCACAUGGCACUUCACUGCCAUGAUGCCUGGUGGUUCAGUGGUCGAGCGUCUGUCAGGCUGAUUGUCAAGUUUGGCUCCUCUUGGAUCUCCACUGCAGCAUCUGUCGAGAGAUGACAAUUGCCUGGCAGCCCACCAGCCUCUUUUCCUUUGACCCAUUUCUUGGUUCCAGUCCACUUUGGGGGCUGUGAAUUCUGGUGUGCUUUGCCCCAGAUAAGUCAACUCACUACACUCAGGGGUUAAAUUUCUUCCAUGGUACUUCCACUUCCUGUGAAUGUUCUGGAUGUUGUAGGGUUAAAUGCCAGCUGUGAUUUAACAGUCAUUUUGCACAUUAUGGGGUUUGGUGUCAGAGGGGGUGGGAGAAGGGGGCUUCCCAUUUUCAUCCCUUGCAAAACUGCAGAUCUGUGGCUUGGUGUGGGGUGGUAAAUGAUGGGGCGAAGCGGGGCUUUUUCAGGCCAGAGGGCUGCACGGACAGCUGUGCCCAGUCCUGGAACCAGAGGGAACUGAUUUGCGUCCUUUACCGCUUUCCAUUGUUUCCGCACUGAAGGCCGAAUCUCUGUCCUUGUCUUCCCUGUUUCUGAAGUUGAAAUUGGACCAGGAAGCAGUUCCUGCUUGGCCUCUGCUCCUUAAGGCCUACCAGACUUGGAGAGAGGAGGGCCUUUUGGAGGGGACACACACACGUGGAGUCUGUUGCAUUCAAAGGCCCUUGGGUUGCGCUGGUCUCUAGGAGUGGCUGCUUUGGACAUGUUGCACUCAGCAGUUAGUGGAAAAGGGAAACAAAACUCCACCCCCAACCUGCAAUAAAGAGCCUGCUGCUCCAUAUCCCUGUGCUAAAUAUUUUUGUUUUCCUCCAAAGGGACAUGUUUGGUGCUUUGCAGGUCGGCAGCGUUGAGAGCGUUCUUUUCUCUCUCUCUCUCUCUCUCUCUCUCUCCUCCUCAUUUCCAUUUUCAUAUUUUGAAUAUGUCUUAUUUAUAUAUAAAUAUAUUUUUCAGUUUUGUUUACAGAUUUGGGGGAAGCAAUUGGUCGUAAAAAACGGAAGGCAGCAGUAAAAGGUGGAUGGGCUAUCCACCAAAAAGAUAAGGGAGGUACUGACAGCUGUUGGGGGGGGUGCUUCUUUCUGGGGAGGGGUUCAUUAUAAGAAGUGGUCUCCUACAUCCUCCCCCACCCCCCAGCAGCAGGGAGGCCUCCACUGUGAAGUUAUAAUGCCUUGAAAUACCCUUCACCAUUUAUUUAUUUAAUUAAAGAGCCUAUGUUGAAAAACAACAAGGAA